CAGAGUGAUGGCGGCGGCCGCUGCAGCCAGGUCGAGCAUGGGACUGACUUUGAGGCUCUCUAGAGUUAUCCCGGACUGUCGCUCAUGUCCCCUGUACAGGUUUAAGGGCUGCGUCGACAACACAGCCGGCUCUCAGAGAAGGGGCUCGUUUGAUAACCUCCGGACGAUAAAUCGGCAUUUACAGACGAGUAUAUGUCUCUAUCAAGCUGAAGAGGGAAGCUCCAACGCUGAAGACCCAGAUGAUGUGGUCAACGUAGUGUAUAUUGACCGGUCUGGCAAGAGGAUCCCAGUUAAGGCCAAAGUUGGCGACAACAUCCUCUAUUUGGCUCACAAACAUGGAAUUGACCUCGAAGGAGCCUGUGAGGCAUCGCUGGCCUGCUCAACAUGCCACGUCUAUGUGAACUCUGACCAUUUCGACAAACUUCCGGAGCCUGACGAGAGGGAGGAUGACAUGCUUGACAUGGCACCCAUGCUCCAGGAGAAUUCCCGUCUGGGAUGUCAGAUUAUUCUCACUCCGGAUCUUGAUGGCAUUGAACUUACCCUGCCCAAAGUCACCAGGAACUUCUAUGUGGAUGGCCAUGUUCCCAAACCUCACUGAGCAGAAAAACAGACGAUGAAGAGCGGGAACUGGAUUGAGAAAUGAGAGGGUGUUUCUGUGAGCAGGGUGUGCUGAGAAGAGAUGCAACAGAUAGGAUAGUAUUAUCCAUAGCAGCUCCCAGAACAUCUUACUGACAUUUCCCACUGUUUAAUCAAUGUCAGGACAGAUUUUGGAUGAGAUCAAGACAUUAAACACUAAGAAAGUCUAGUGAUCUCAAAGGUUACAUGCAAGAGAAACUGUCAUGGUUCACUGAUGUAUUUAUUUAGGUGGAGAAUUCUUUGGCCAUUUUUAAGACGUCAUUCAAUCUCACAGACUGCUCACUGCUCUAGUAUCAAUGUAAAAUCCACAUUGAUGAGCAGAGUCAGCAUCUGUGCUGGUGAAUGGCACAUUCCUUGUUACAGCUUAUAUACGCACAAGUAUCACAAAGUGAUACUCAUUUUGACCAGUCUGUUCUGAUCUUAACUGUCACACAUUCUACUAUGCAGUGGAUUUCUUUUUAUGUACCAUAGUUAUUUAUAGACGUUGAAGUGUUUUGUCAAAUUAGCCACAAAUCACAAAUUAGAAGGGUUUCCUUGCUGUUUGGCUCUCAAGUCUGACACAAAAGCCAUAUAAGUAAGUGUACUUGAUGUCUGGAUGCCAGAGGACGCUGAUGCUUAAUGCCUAUUUGUUUAAACAUUUCAAAACAUUCAGGUGCAUUGGACUUGAGUCAGAAUCUAACUGAAAGAUAUUUUUCUUUGGCAGUUAUUAAGGAUUUAUUGUUUGAUCAGGUUAGGGUGUGUUUACAUCGGGAACAUUGUGGGGUAUUCAUAUUUCCUCUGUAUGAGUUUACUCAAGUCUACUGUAUUUGUCCAACAUACGCACAAAUAUGUUUUUUUUUUCAGAUUGUGCAAUAAAAUCGACUCAGAAACUCA